GAGAAUGCAGACGGCUUGUAUAUAUUCGUCGAUGACGGCAUAAAAGGUGUUGUGGACGAGAUGGAGGACAAUGAACUCUUGGGGAUGACCUCUGAAGAGGACGAUCGUGCCAACAGAUCAAGAGCACUGAUUCGAAUCGCUGCCGGAGACGAUGUCUCCGAAGCUCUUUCCACCUGA